CCGGCCCAGCUGAGCCGUCCUGCCGCCGAGCUGGCCGCCGACCCGCCCUUCUUGGCACCGCGGUCGGGAAGCCAAGGUCUCGGAAAGGCCUGCCCGCAUCGCCCCUUUGCCAAGUGAAGUCUCCAUUCUCCCCUGCCAUGUCUUCCCACAAGACUUUCCGGAUCAAGCGGUUCCUGGCCAAGAAACAGAAGCAAAACCGCCCCAUCCCCCAGUGGAUUUGGAUGAAAACUGGCAACAAAAUCCGGUACAACUCCAAGAGGAGACACUGGCGGAGAACCAAGCUGGGACUGUGAGGGACUGCAGCGGAUGGCACGUGUGUCUGCGCUGCGCCCCAGGGUUAUUGUCAUCUUGUCAAGUUGAAAAUGUCACCACUCUUUGCAUUGGGAAAAUGGCUUUCCCUUUUGUUUCGGUAAUCUGUACUAGUGUGUUAGUUCAGUAAUAAAUUUGUGAAAACUUUGGUUUUUGGCUGU